AUGGCGCAGGCGGGUUUCGAGUUACGGACACCUGCGGGUCUCUUCGGCGCGAUACGGACGGAGUUUGGACCGGGUCGAGCACGUGGAAAUCUGGUCGAGGAUGGAUCGGUGCUCGCGGGUCUAGGUCUUCGGACGUCUACGGAUAUCGCUGAAGAGUUUAAGAGAAAAAAUGAACGGGCCAGAGCAGACAGGAGUCCCCGCCCCCGGCGGACUGGGACGCCGAUGGCGACGUCGUCCAGCGACGUUGCUGGCGACGCUGAACACGGGCGGAGGAGGUCCGGGCCGGGCAUUCCUCGCGAGUCGCCGUCUAAACGCGUCCGGAGAGCGGAUCGUCCGGAGUGGAGUAAAGAGGAGCAAAGGCGGGAGCUCGACAGUGUUAUGCGUGGAUUGGAUAACGAAUUCGCCGAGAAAGAGCGGCUCUCUCAUGAUCGGGCGUGGUGUGCGCGGAUCCCAACCAGGACCAAGGUUAAUACCGUCCAGGAGUUCUAUAAAGCGUUCCAUGAUGUGAACACGUUGCCGAUACUGACUUGCAUGCUUUGUUAUGGCAAUCCUAUUGAGAAGCGUCAAGAUUCGCCUUUCCAAUGCGUGAAGUGUUUCCCCAUCGGGAAGAGUAUUUACGGGUGCGAUUCCUGUGUGAAGCACCUGGGGAAAGACAGUCUAUCUCCAGCCGCACAGUUGCACGACCGACUCGGAUGCGAGCACAUGUUCCCCGAUGAAUUGAAGGAUCUAACGCCGAUCGAGGAGAAGCUUAUCGCGCUGAAUUCGUGCUACGGCUUCAUCGCCCAGUAUAGUAUCCCUAAUGGUCCGAGGCAAGGUAUAAGGUAUGGGAGGCAUGUUAAGGGGCACAUCACCGUCUUUCCGAACAACGUCCAGGAGCUGGUGGCCAACGUCCUCCCGCAUCCGCUCCUGAAGGUGAUAGACGAGAUUCAUGUGUCCUGGCUGGGGUCGGAUAAGCCAGUGCUAAGCGAUCUGUCGGUCCUUCUGUCGGUUCGGCGUCGGGUGGUAGAGAAGGCACUAGUGUGGCUGAAGCGGCACAAUCCGUUGUAUGCGCACAUCGAGAUCGACGUGGCGGAAUUAGAGAGCUGGGAUGCGCCCUCGCACGGUGUACUAUCUCGAGUGUAUAAGCGGUUGAGACGAGAUGAGCCGUCGGCGCAAGAGAAGGCGCGCACCGGGCAGUUAGUUCCACCCACAGAGCGCGGCCUGGAUGAGGGAGAGGCGAUAGAUAUUCGAGAAGUCCUGGCCACGUUAGGUAAGGGGCACGAUGUCGAGCCGGGCCAGGAUGUGACAGGAGAACCCGAACGGGGCGAUGCUGCCGAUGGGGGUAGGGACAGGGUGCUUGACGGUGCUGCAGUUCCCGUUUAUGAAACCAGUUCAUCUGGCGUGUUCGCACUAGAUAGGGGACCAGAUAUCGCGAACGGGGAGAAGUUACAGUAUGUUCACGACGCACUAGGCCAACAGGGUUCGGGUAAUGAACGGCGGGGUGGGACGGCAGAGGUACGGCGUUGGAACGGUGCCGAGCCGUAUAUCGUGGUGAACCGGGGCGAGGACUUUGCCGAUCCGUUCGAUCCGCGGUUUUUUGCAAAGACGUUCCCAACGCUGUUCCCUCUCGGUCGUGGAGGCCCACGUCAGGCAAAUGAGGGCACGCAGGAUGUCGCUGGAGAGGGAGACGUGGGCGUCGAGGCGGCGGACCAGGUACGGGGCCUCAUUGCAUCGCGGAACAUGAGCCUCGAGACGUGGGCGAAACUGGUCCUGCAGCGUCACGGUGGUCGAUUCGCGUCACACCACAUCUUUCCCUUUCUCGUUUUCAACGUGGGCGUCCGGUCAAGGAAUCGCCGUGCCAGCAUGGCGAGUGUCGCGAGGAAGGAUUUCCCCGCAGUCGAGCGCAUCGUACGUUCGUUGAACGCAGAGCGGCUGGAGCGUGCCAAGGCCGAAUUGGAGAUCUCGCGGACGACGAGCGACGAGGACGUCAAUCAGCUGUUGAAGAGCCUGGAGAGUCGCUUGAGUAUGCGGCGCAAGAUACAGUCCCUCAUCAUUCGGUACGGUAUUCCGGCCAUCUGGUUCACGCUGAAUCCGAACGACAUUACCAAUCCGAUCAAGCUCCGGCUUGCCGCGUAUCGGACCCGGGAUCCGGAGGUGGCUGAAGCCUUCUUAACGAGCCUAGAUCUAGCGUACAAGCGAGCACGGCUGGCGAUCUCGGACCCGCUUAGCUCGGCAAUCUUCUUCUACCGGGAGAUUUCCCUGUUCUUCAAGCACUACGUGAAGAUAGGAGAGGACUCAGUGUUCGAGCGGAUCAAUGAAUAUUUCGGAGCCGUGGAGACCAACGAGCGCGGGUCGCUCCAUGUCUACGGACUCUUCUGGCUUCAGGGAAACAUGCAGCUGAAUAGCGUAUUCACCGAGGAUCUCGAUUACGAGGCAUUCUCAGCCGUUCGGGCGGAACGGUCCGUGACGUCGGACAUAUCGCCACUGCUAGCGAACCGCGAGCAAUUCGCCGCCGCGUUUGAGGACGAGGCCAACUUCUGCGCCGGUUCUACGCAGAUCCAUACCCAUAGCCCGACGUGUGUGAAAUAUUCCAUCAACGGGCAGACACGGAAGAAUCAGGACCUGUGUCGGUUCAAGGCCCCGUGGAAAUUAGUAGAGAGGACUGCGUUUACCGAGGAGGGAGUGUUGCAGAUUCGGCGGACGCAUAGUAUGGUGAAUCGAUGGAACAAGGCAAUCGCGGUAGGGCUGCGUCAUAAUCAUGACAUUUCGUUCAUCGCAACGCAGUGCAAGACCAUGGCCCUCGUGUUUUAUCUGACGAAUUAUGCAACCAAAGUCGAGGAUCCGGUGUGGAAACGGGAAGAUGCGACGGAUGGUUCGACAACGGACAACGGUGGUAAGAACCGGACACGGCAGUUUCUGAUGAGAAUCGCGAACCGGAUCUUCACGGAGCGGCCGUUGUCGCAGGUGGAAGUCGUUUCUGAUCUGCUGGGCUACCCCAGGGAAUUCACCAGUAAUAAUGCUUGGUCGUUCGUUAACGUCAGUUCCCUGUACUGGCAUAGUGGCAUAGACUCUAGAGAUAAGGGAGUUAAGGAGACGGUGUUCUUGCACGACGCGGGGGUGAGAAUAUCUCUGGUGCAAGCAUAUCCGUAUCGUGGCCGAGUCUUGCAAGAGCUUUACCUUUAUGAUUAUCUGUCGGUAGUCAAGUUGAAGCGAAAGAGCAAGGGUUCUCCGUCGGAGUCGUGGGUACAGGUGUUACGAAAGUCCGGCGAGCAUGCGAUGGUCUGUUUUGACGGUUAUCUAAGCAGGGACUUGAGUGAAGAAAGUGAGGUCUACUAUAAGAGGGCCGCUGUUCAGCAUCUUGCCAUUUUUGUGACGUGGGAGUCCUUUUUGGCCGAGACGACGGGCGAUAUCAACGCCAUCUGGGAGAGUCGCAAGCAGGGCCUACCUCGGCGGAUGGCCUUCGUUGCUGAUAAUAUCCGACUACUACACCGAUCGGCCGAAGAUGCAAAGCGCGAUGCCAAACAGUGGGCUGCGAUGUCCGGAGAGGCGGAUCCAUUCGCUGAUGCGGUUGAUCUGGAAGACAGAGGCGAUGAUGGCAACGACGGGCCAAGGACGACGUACCGCUCAGAUAGUCUCGGCAACGCGACACGACUCAUUGACGUCCUAAGGAACGCAAUGGGGACCCCUCAGGUUACGGCCGGCUCGAACGAGAUUUCGAGGAUGGUGGAGCAAAUGAGCCGAUUUCAGCAAACCGCCUUAGGUUCUAUGGACGAACUGAGCGCUACAGCCAUCCUCGAGCAAGGGCCAGGAACACUCAGCACCCGAGAAGGCGGGUUUCCCGAGUCAGCGGGGGCGCCGAACGGGUUCGGGGAGCAGGACGUCCAUUUCACCGCUGUCGAUGAGGAAGGCCCGGGCUGGGACGUCGGUCCAUCCAUGAAUAUCCAGCUCGGACCCUCCACGUCGUUCUCUGCGGCAGGGAAGCAGUUAGCAGAGGAGUCGUUCACCUUGAACCGAAAACAGAGCAUCGCGCUUCGACUGAUCUGCCGCCAGCUAGAUCGAAUCCGCCGCGAGGGCGGAACAGGAAAGUCACGGAUCAUCGGAGCCGUCGCGGCAUUGUUCGGGAGGAAGGCGGUCUCGCACAGUCUACUGGUCAUAGCGACCUCGGGAACGGCGGCAGCCAAUAUCAAUGGGGAUACAAGUCGGUCGGUGAGUGGGAGUACGGAUCUAGAGAGAUUCGCGCCGAGAAGGUCAACCAGUCUCCGCGUCGAUGGACGAAGCCGGGCCGAGUGGCAGGAAAAACUCCUACUCAUUAUCGACGAGGUCAGCAUGCUGGGUGCGCGAACGCUGUAUAUGGUGAACGAACAGCUGUGUCGGCUGCGAGGGUGUACGGAUGACUUUGGCGGCAUCCCGAUAGAGCGGUCGAUCCUUCUCUCCAGCCAUGCCACCGCGUGGACCGAUGAUACAUCCUUCCGAGUCGAGCAGAGGCACCAGCACGAUAAGGCGCACGCGCUCUGGAACAAGUUCACUACGGUCGUGAUGCUCGACGAACAACGACUCCUUAGUCGGAUCCGGCACGGCGUGCAAGAUCGGUCCGAUAUGGAUUUCUUGAACCAGACGUGCUACGAGGAAGGUCGACGCAUCCCAUGGGAGUCCGGCAUCACCGUCGUCACGCCGCUGAAUCGGAACCGCUGGAACCUGAACCUUGAAGCCAUGCUGUGCUUCCAACGCCAAAGGCAAGGCCUGCUCCGGAUUUUCAUGUCCGAGCACAAGUGGAAAGAUGGCCAGCCCACGGAGGAGGAGGCCCUGAUGCUGUUGAGUCAGGGGGACGACAGCGCCGUUCCCGUCUUAGCCAUCUUCAUGUUCGUCGCGGGGAUGCCCAUCGUCCUGGUGAAUGGCGCCUGCUACACGGCGCUAGACGUCGUCCUCGACCAGAAAUUCCCCGGACAUCGCGUCAACACCGACACUAUCCUCCACUUCGGGCCUCCGGCCGGGAUCGUGCUGGCGUCCGAGACGACGAAAGAUUACGACUUCGUCGGUAUGCCGGCUGGCACUAUCCUCCUCACGCCCGUCAGCGUGAAAAUGGACUGCCAGAGAAAGCGGCCAUGGCAGAAGCACGACGUGCAAGGCAAGACGUUGGGCCGAGUGGCACUGGAACUUCGCGGCGCGAGGACGACGAACGUCGAUGGCCAGGCCGUUCCCAGCCAAUGCGAUGCCUACGGUUUAUACGUGCAAUUGUCGCGCUGCCCAUCGCUGGAUGGAAUCAUGCUCCUGUCUCGAGCGCGGGAAAGGGACAUUGUCGGCAAUCGAGUGCCCGACAAUAUGGUCGCCGCCGAGAAAAGGCUGGAACAGCUGAGCGAGGCGACGAUUCGAGACGCGGAACGUUGGGACUGGUCAUCAGAGGAGAGACAGACGGCACGCUAA